CUGCGUGACUUGUCACUGUCUUCAGAAUUUAGGGUUUACGUAAACUCUGCGUUUCGUGGGAGAUCGAUCGCUUCGCUUCCCCCGAACUUUCCGGACCCGCCGCCGCCUCCUUCUCACCGCUCAGUCGAUCGCCGGACGGAAAGCUAAGAGCUCUGAGCAGAAAGAAAGUUCGACGGAGAAAAGAGGGAGAAGGGGGGAGGGGGUCGUUAGGCAGCCACGUGUCCCAUCGCCUGCCACUUUCGGCUUGAUCUUUUCUCGGAUAAGAGCUGAGAAAUUUCCAGGAAGUUUUGUCAUUUUCAAUUUCUUGGUUCUGGUUUCUCCUCCGACGAAGGUGCGUUAAUGCUUCCUUUUACCGCUUUUCCAUUUCUCGCCUUUCACGGAGCCACCCCGUUGACGGAUUAAUCGUGUAUGUCAAAACGAUUUGGGUUUUUGUUAUUGAUUGGAUCCGCCCUUGCUUUCCCCGUUUCUGUUGUGUGAUGCAGGGGUUUCUGGUGGAUCUUUUAGGCGAUGCUUGAAUUAGGGCAAUAGAUGAACUGAUUAGUUAUGAGAUUUUAUCUUGAAUUUGGGGGUAGAGGAGGGACACUAGUUUGCUUCGGAAGAAGCUAAAAGAUGCCGUCUGCUAAUUUCUCAAAGCUGAGAACUGCGGUUCAGAAUGGGAUUCAGAGGUCAUUCGUAGGGCAGGAGAACAGGGUUCAGGAAUCCGUUGAUAUUCUGAUUGGUCAAAGCAAGUUUCAAUUCUUUAACUAUAAGUUGCUGAAUACCGUUCGGAUUGCUUCCCUGACAGACCUCCAGCUGAUUUGGAGGCCCGGUAUUGUUUCUCCAGCUGGAACCGAUUCGCUGGUGGUUAACAGGGAGAGGAAUAUCUCCGUCGUUGGAGCGCUCUCGCGCACCUUCUCUGUACCAUCAGUUUCAGGGCCUUCGUAUCAAGUUGCUGGUUAUCACUUCGAUCGUGCUGUUUGUGACACUGGUGCAAUUUCGGCUGGGAAGAAGCUAAAGAACUACGAAAUGGCUGCUUCUUUGCAAAGAUCUUUUCUUGGUGAGAGCCUCUUGGAGAGCCUUACUUCAAAAAAGGGUUCUCGUUUUCCUUGCUCAACCAACAGUGAGAAGGUUGCUUUUGGAAGUAGAAGCUGCAAAAUGGCCAGUAUGAGUUCGAGAAGUUCUGAACAAGGUUCUUCUAGCUCUCCAGCUUAUGGAUAUUUGGCAUAUCACGCGGCAAAGAAGUUGUCUGGUAUUGCGCCAAGCGCAGAGAUGACAGUCAGGCAUUUCCAUGGCUCAUCUUCAACAUCCUUUUCGGCUGGAACUGCUCCUAAUGUGAACUAUGACAGUUCAAAUCCCGAGGAAAGGCUUGAUGGCAGUGCUUCAGAUUCAUCACAAUCAAAGCUGUCAGGAAGGUCGCUCAAGCUACUGUCUGGAUCAUGCUGCCUGCCUCAUCCUGAUAAGGAAGAAACUGGUGGAGAGGAUGCUCACUUCAUCUGUUCGGAUGAGCAAGCUGUGGGGGUGGCUGAUGGUGUUGGUGGCUGGGCCGAUCUUGGAGUUGAUGCAGGACUGUAUUCAAGGGAACUCAUGUCUCACUCAGUUGAUGCAAUCCAGGAGGAGCCAAAGGGGUCUGUUGACCCAGCUAGAGUCUUAGAGAAAGCUCACUCUAUUACAAAAGCUAAAGGUUCCUCCACAGCAUGCAUCAUAGCACUCACAGAAGAGGGUCUACGUGCUAUAAAUUUAGGGGACAGUGGGUUUAUGGUAGUUCGAGAUGGUUGCACCAUCUUCCGCUCUCCUGUGCAACAGCAUGACUUCAAUUUUACAUUUCAGCUUGAGUGUGGAAAUAACGGCGACCUACCUAGCUCUGGUCAGGUAUUCACGGUCCCUAUUGCUCCAGGAGAUGUGAUUGUUGCAGGGACAGACGGAUUGUAUGACAACCUUUACAACAACGAGAUCACAGCAGUAGUAGUGCAUGCCGUGAGAGCUGGAUUUGGGCCACAGGUAACGGCUCAGAAAAUAGCGGCAUUAGCACGACAACGAGCACAGGAUAAAGACAGACAGACCCCUUUCUCAACCGCUGCUCAAGAUGCUGGAUUCCGUUACUAUGGGGGCAAGCUCGACGACAUCACUGUCGUCGUCUCUUACAUUACCAAUUCCAACGAGGAGCGCAAGGAGGCUUCUUAAGAAUCAAAUGCCCCCCUUCUGCUUGGAGAUCGAUGGACACAAUUUUGUCUUCUUGGAGGGUUAGUCAAAUUGUCAUAUGUUAGUAACUGCAGAUUGCUCCCCCAUCAAAACUUGAUGUCUUGUAAAUACUCUCUUUAUCUUCCCGCUGGUACUCUUGGUUGAUUUGCCUAGUGUUACAGACUAGAACAGAUGAGACCUGUUUCUUUCCUGUGUAUAAUACCAGCUACGCUGGGACGUUACUGAGCAAAGAAUGGACUGUUUCUUCACUAGAAGCUUUUGCUAGAUGCUGUUUUUGGGCGUGAAAGAGUAGAUCACUAGAUCUUGUUACAUUUACACAAACAUACCCCAGAUAUAUAAUAAUAAUAAUAAUAAUAAUAAUAGGGAUGACAAUUU